UCACGAAGGUGAAGGCCAAGUGGUGGUAGACGUGACCCCCCCGUUCCGGUUAUUUUGAAGGACAGAUUCACCAUGUCGAGGAUAAUCCAGAGUGCCCGGAUUCACCAGGGAAUCCGAGCAAUUACUGGCUCUAUGUUUUCAACUUCAUCAAAUUCAGCUGCGGCAGCAGCAGCAACAAACGCAUCACUACCGGAAAUCCCGUCUUCAAAAAGCAUGAAAGAGCUUGCUCAGGGUGCAAUGUAUGGCAUGGUUCCAACUAAAGGACGAUAUGCGACCUACGUUUUUAAAGAACAGAAGCGUGUACUGCAUUGGAAAUGGUGGAACCCAGAUAGUCCAGUCCACCAGGCCACUAAAACAGAAGAUACCUUGAUGUACUCCCUCCUCGUAGUAAUAACCUUACUGAGUGUGGUAAAACAUAUGUAUUCCAGUGCUAUGAAGUCCAGUAAAAUCAAAUACAGAAAAACUGAAUAAAAGAUUCAAUAUUCAGUGUGGACGAACAACCGGCACUCAAGAUUUUCAAGGGUGACUGAUAUAAUUUCUAGUGACUGAAAGAGAAAAUUAUCUUAAGAACUGUUAAAUCUAACAUUUGACUUUCAUGGUUUUGUGUUUCUUGUAUAUGCAGAAACAAAUAAAAAAAUUGUUGUGAUGCA